CUCUGUCUUUGGCGAGAAUAGACCGAUGGAUGUCGACGGUGGCACACCGAUCAGCCCUGAACAAGUAUCCUCGCCUGUCAUCGCAACAGGUGUACGCCCUACUGUCAUGUCACCACUUGCGUCUACUUUCCCGAUAACUUCAAAUAUCAUUUCAAGUCCCGUUCAAGAUAAAUUCUCGCCUCUGGACGAACCCAAAGUUACACCCACCGUUGGCAUGAUAAGAUCGCGGCCUUCUUUCGACCUGAGUUCCUUGUGGUCCGGAGGUCCGGAUGGUGAGAUGAGAAUCCCAACAAGAACAGACGACACAGUCCCUCUUCCCCCCGAUGAAGAGAAUGAAGCGGAAAUGGAUUUGGAUGACGAUCAACCCGGAGAUCAAGACUUUGGAAUGUUCCUCGACGGUGUUGAAGAGCCAAGUCGUCCUUCAGCUGCAACAACCAAGCCCACGACUCCUCCCGUUCCUACUCAGGAAGACAGCAAUAUUCAAUCAUUACCGGUAAUCUGGUCUGGCGAGUUAAUCAUGCCUCUUGAUCCCAACCCUGCUUUAAUCAACGACGUCUCGGUUAAGCAAGUUGGAGGAAGGCCGUUGGGGGUACAGCCGUCUGUAUGGAGCCAAUUGUUUACCAAACCUAAAACCCUUAUCGAGGGACGAGUGCCCACCGAUCGUGCAACUAAAUAUCUUGUGACAACACGUCUUAACGCAACUAAGGAGCUCAUAGUGGUAUUGUUUGAACCUAAGGACUCGAGGACGAAGUUCACGGACCUUCUUGAUUUUCUGGUGAAGAAAGA